UUCACAGACGGCACAAUUAAGUUUGACAGUUUGAUACUACAUGCUCCCAUUGGAGCUCAAGAUGCACCUAAUUUUGAAAGAGGCGAUAGUUGUGCUAUGUACAAGUUGCACUUUUUUGGGUGUUUUGUCUGUAAAAGGGAGCUAUCCGCCAAAAGUCGGAACAGAGGAGAAAUGUUACCUCGCGAAUGUAUCAAGUCAGGAAAGUACUUGCAGCAUCAGAAGACAGCCGUUUUUCAAACGAAAACUCGUCCGCAUAAAUGGAAAAGAGGUCGGCCAUGCGAGACAAGUACACUUAGUUGCGGGGGAAACGCAUAAAAUCAUCACUCGAGCACUCAAACCUCCAGUUUUUGAGAUACCAAAUUUUUUGACCAAAGAGGAAUGCCAGCAUAUUAUACAAAAGGCAAAGGAAACAGGACUGGAGUUGAGCGAAGUUGAAUCGCCUGAGGAACAAGAUAAAUUUGCGAGUAGUUGUUAUGACGAUGACUACAGAUGUGUGAGAUGGGCCAAAUAUGGAGAAUGUGAGAAGAAUCCUGGCUAUAUGUUAAAAAACUGCCAGCAGAGCUGUGAGGUAUGUGAAGAUGGAAGGGUUCUUGACUUUGAUGAUCUGGACCACGAUGAGGAUGGUAUCCUCACGGGAUAUGAGUUCAGUAAGGCAACCGAAAAAUUAUUUUUCAUGUACUUGGAUGAACAAGACAUACAAGAAAUGCAAGUAUUUGACAAUAAUAGUAGAUACAUGCAAUAUUUGAAGUCAGAUAGAAUAAAUGGAGCAUGA